UAAGUACGCGUCUCGUUUUGUAAAAGUUAAACCGAAUACAGUUUCAGUUUCAAAAUCUGUUAUUAUAGUUACUCGUUAUUUAACUUUGUUUACUGAAUGAAAAUAUUAUUGUGAGUUUUUGUUUAUAUACAACAGAAAAGAUGGUGUUUAAAUAUUGUGUUGUAAAUUAUGGAAGACAUGAAAAUUUACGAUGAAUAUUAUAAAAUAUCGUUAUUUCAUUAUUCAGCAAUGAAGAGACUAGUAAAGAAAACGAUAUUGCCACAACUACAGAUGAAGAAAAUGAGGACGCAAAUUAUUUAGAAGAAAGACUACAUAGACGAGCGAACUCCAGCGCGGCAUGGGACUACUUCCGGAUAACGGACCGCUUCCGGCGUGUCGCGACGUGUUCUCUAUGCCGGACCACCUGUUCCUACCGGUCCACGACCACGAACCUCCUCAACCAUCUGAAGAGGGUUCAUGGAAUGAAGCAGGUGACCAAUGGCUUAGGAGUCCGGGUGCUGAAGGGAGGCGGGAAGCUGUCUGAUGAUGAUAGUGACUCCGAUGUGGAGGUCAGGAAACCAAGAACGCUGAGACAGCCGUUCACGUUUUGGAAAUACUUCAAACGUAUUGAUCCAGUCAACAAGGUGGCCAUAUGUCUGCUCUGUGAAAAAAAAUUCUCCUAUGCGUCCACUACCGCCAAUUUGAAAACGCAUAUACGGAGAAUACAUCCGGACAUACAUACAUCACAGACAAAAACGUUAAUGUUAGCAAAUGAUGGCCAGUUGUAUGAAAUCGAUGAAACGAAGCAGGAGCAACUCGAGGACGAUGACGAGAACAAACAAGAUUAUACUGAGGAUGAUGAACAGAAAACUAUUGACAUAGACUCAGUAUUUCUGAACGAAUAUGACGGUAAUAUAGAUGUGAAAAGUAAAAAAAAGGACCGACUCAUUUCACAUGACGAAAAACCUAUUGAUAAUAAUAAAAGAAAAAUAUCAAUCAGCGCGAACAGAAAAAGAAAAAAAGGAAAUGUUACAUUGAAACAAAAUAACAGCCCAAAUGAGAUACGAGAUCAUAUAUACGAGCGGCCGGAAAAGGCGCGAAAACCUGUUAUUUCUGACAGCGAAAGUAACAGUUCCGUUUCGAUCAAAAAACGAUACGUUAACAAUAAAUAUGACACCUUGGAGUAUUUUGGUAAGUAUUUAGUAUCGUUAAUGAAACAGUUGCCAAAAGAGUUGUCGAAUCAGCUGCAGAUUGAUAUAGUAAAACAGGUUAUUACUGCACAAUCGACGUAUGAUAUGCAGAAGGAUACGCAAGGAAAUACUAGUCGUAACGGAUAUACGAUCACGAUUACGGAACAGGUUGAGAAUCCGGUGUCAUUCGUACCAGAUGACUCUGUACAGGGCGAAGAAACUGUUGUAACAGAGUCAACACAAUAA